GCCCUUGCCCCGCCCCUGGUCCGCCCCGUCCGAGGCGGGACCCUCCAGAAAACUCCAAGCCCGGUCGGGUCUUCAGCUCCACUCGCCGCUGCAGCCCCUGACGUGCGCGUGCUCUCAUCCAGCCCGCUUGGACGCUCUUCACGGUCACCACAGCUGUCAGAAUGGCCAACCGGGGACCUUCCUAUGGCCUGAGCCGAGAGGUGCAGCAGAAGAUUGAGAAGCAGUACGAUGCGGACCUGGAGCAGAUCCUGAUCCAGUGGAUUACCACUCAGUGCCGCAAGGAUGUGGGCCGGCCCCAGCCUGGGCGUGAGAACUUCCAGAACUGGCUCAAGGAUGGCACGGUGCUGUGUGAGCUCAUUAACUCACUAUACCCUGAGGGGCAGGCCCCAGUAAAGAAGAUCCAGGCCUCCACCAUGGCCUUCAAGCAGAUGGAGCAGAUCUCUCAGUUCCUGCAGGCCGCUGAGCGCUAUGGCAUUAACACCACUGACAUCUUCCAAACCGUGGAUCUCUGGGAAGGAAAGAACAUGGCUUGUGUGCAGCGGACACUAAUGAACCUGGGUGGGCUGGCAGUAGCCAGGGAUGAUGGACUCUUCUCCGGGGAUCCCAACUGGUUUCCUAAGAAAUCCAAGGAGAACCCCCGGAACUUCUCGGACAACCAGUUGCAAGAGGGCAAGAAUGUGAUUGGACUACAGAUGGGCACCAAUCGUGGAGCAUCUCAGGCAGGCAUGACCGGCUAUGGGAUGCCACGCCAGAUCCUCUGAUCGCACAAACCCCCUGCCCCUGCCCUCCAUGAAUGGUUAAUAUAUAUGUAUAUAUAUGUUUUAGCAGUGACAUUCCCUGAGAGCCCCUGGAUCUCUAAGCUCCCCUCUGCCAGAGUGGGGUCCAACUUAUCUUGUCACUUCCGGCAGUGCCCAAUGAUUGCCUCUCUCUCUGGGCUUACUAAUACAUUCCUUCCCCACAGCUAUCAAAACUGGACCACCCUUCCCCUGGGACCAAAGCCUCCUUCCCCCCAGGACCAAAGCCUCCUUCCCCCAGCCUUCUUCUCUUUUCCUGACCUCUGUGUUUCCAGUCCAUUCCUUGGCUAGGAGUCAGAGAUGCUGCCCUGUGGCCUUAUGCCACGCUGACCUUCCUUCUGUGUGUAUGCCUCUCCUCCAGCUGUGGCUGCAGGGAUUUAAUUUAUAGGGAGGGACCUGUGGCUGUCACUCCAACCACAGCUGGGCUGUACUUAGCACACUUGUGGGCAGCUUUCCUCCCCAACAAGAGGCCCUUUUGGCUUCUUAUUUUCCAUUCCUCUCACUGUGGCUAAGGGGUGGAGCAGCGGAGACAGAGGUGGAAGAGCUGCCCACCAUGGUCUGGGGCUUGAGGAACAUGAGUUUGCUAAUUUUCAAUAAAGAAUCUCAUUCUUUUUUGGAUGGA